AUUCUUAUGACUAUUGAGGGUAAUGCUUUUUAAAAAGUAACAAAUCACUCCCAUAAUUACAAAAACAGCAACAAAAUAAUUGACCCACAAAAUACACGUUCAAAAAAAGAAAAUUCUUGGCUAGUGCAUUGUGGGUAAACCAAGAAAUGGCGUCGCAAGAUGCAUCGGUCACUGUUGCCACAAAGCAGGCUCUCCAGAAGGGCCACCGUUUUGGACCCUACAAAGGCAGAUUGAGGGCGGCAGACAUUGAUGACGAUGUCCCAUUUGGAGCAUGGAAGAUCUACCCGAAAGAUGAGAAUGACAAGACCUACAUCCUGUCCAGUCAGGACCCCACCCUCCCUCGCUGGCUGCACUGCAUCAAGAUCACCAAGGAGGAGGCUGAGUGUAACAUCACCCUGGUCCAAGUCGGCUUCAAAUUUUACUUUGAGAUGACCAAAGAUGUCUUGGAAGGCGUCGAGUACGCUCUCAGAGGACGGCGUUCUGAAAGACCAACGGAGGACACCGACGAGCCAGCAUGCCAACCCCCUCCCCCUGGCAAGAGACGAGGCAGGAAGCCCAGGAAAGAGUACACACCAGAGGAGCUGCAAGCCCUGGAAGAGCGGAAAAAGAAAGAGUUAGAAGAGCGUAUUCGCAGGACAUCCACCCGUGACCGCAGCCGGCGUUGUGUGGAGUGCGGGGAGAAAUUCACCUCGGGGGUUCUUUUCAUGAGGCACAGGGGGAAGUGUGGGGUCCUGAAAGAGGAAGACCUACUGACGGAAUCCUCUGAUGGUGAUGAGAAUACCGAUGAUGAACAGGAAAAGGAGCCAGACAACGAGGAAGGAAAGGAUGAAGAGAACGGAGACAGCAUGGAUGUGCCGGAGGAAGAAGAUGGGGCAGAAGGUGGAGAGGGCGAGGACGAGGAGAAUAUCACCCAGUUGGGAGAAGCCGUGGAUCAUCUCAUCGCUGGGAUGGAAGCCGAUGAAGGAGAGGAUGGCGAUCCCAGCGUCUUGGCUGAAAGCGGCCAGCAGGAUGCGCCAGUCAUCCCAAACCCUCUCCUGAGAGAGAUCGGUGAUGCUCCAGUGCCAUUAGCCGUUACUGUAGCAUCUCCUCUGCCUGUCAAGCGACCCCGCGGCCGUCCACGCAAAGACGGGCGGCCGCCCAUCCAGCGCAAGAAGCGUGGCCGGCGGAAGCGCCGCAAGCGGCGCCGGCGCUUUGACGACGAUGACGAUGAAGACCACCAGCCCAUUAUCAAACAGGUCAAGGACGAGUGCCUCCCAAGCCAGCCUGACCCGGAGCGGUUCCCCUUCACCUGCGAGACCUGCCAGAAGGUCUUCCCCACCAAGAGCUGGUUCGACUUCCACCUGGAGCAGCACGCCCAGCCCUCUCUAACCUACCUCGUCUGCAACCUGUGCGACAUGGCCUUCCGCUACCUGACGGAGCACACGUGGCACAUGGAGGAAAUUCACCAGCUGGGCAGGAGAGAUCAGGUGUUGUCUGAGAAAUUCCGGUGUGACACCUGCAAGAAGGCCUUCCGCUCACCCAUCCACUUGGAAAGGCACAGACGACGAGCAGCUGCUGAGGAGCCCUUGCCUAAGGGGCCGGUCCAAAUCAAGUGCAAAUUCUGUGAGAAGAGUUUCUCCAUAGAGCUCGGCCUGGAGAACCACACCGAGAAGUUCCAUCCGGAGCACCAGCGAUACCAGUGCACGGAGAACGACUGCCUGGUCACCUUCGCCACAAAAGAGGGAAGAGCCGAGCAUCUUGAGACUGAUCACAUGACCGACUCGCGGCAGAUCUACAAGUGUCCGGUGGACCAGUGCUACAAGGCCUACACGACGAUGGCCGCCCUGAACUACCACUACGAGCUGAGGCACACAGGGGCCAGUCGGCCCUUCCAGUGUGAAAUUUGCGGGAAGCGGUGGGUCAAGAUCGGCAAGCUUAGAGAACACUUGAAGACACACAGCACGGAGAAGAACGAGCUGUGCGACAUCUGCGGCCGAGCGUACAAGUCACGGCCGGAGCUCAAAGAUCAUCGCAUUGAGGCGCACACUGAAGGAGGGAAGAUAAAGCUCCAGUGCCGCUUCUGCCCGGCUCACUUCAGUCGGCGGAGCUCCCGCUCGUACCACGAGAAGCGCCACAAGAACGAUUUCCCCUACGCCUGCCCCAAGCCCGGAUGCAACAAACGCUUCAUCGCCGUCAUUGACUUCAAGCGCCAUCUGAUCUUUCACACAGGUGCCAAGCUCUACCGCUGCCGCUUCUGCGGCAACUGCUUCACUCGCAGCGACUACCUCAAGAGCCACGAGAAGAAGCACCAUCUGCGAGGGGAGAAACUGAUCCCAGGCCCGGCCAUCGAGGAGACAGUCACUAUAAAGGUUCCCUGGCCAAUGGAGAAAGGGGUCAAAGUUCACGGUCAGAACGUGGUGGUGAUCAUCGAGCCAGACCCAGCGUUGGCGGAGGGGCGUCUGACUGAGGAAGCCAUUUCAGCCUUGGAGUCGCUACAUGAAGGGGAGGGGAACCAGGCACCUGUACAGCUGACGACUGAUUCGUCGGGUCAACAUAUCAUCACCUCCAUCACAGAGGUAGCCACGCCCAGCACAGACAUCCUUCAUCAGGCUGCUGCAGAGGCAAUGCAGGAGACACCAGAGCAGCCUAUACAGCUCCUGCAGUUCCAGGCUAACUCCCAGCAGGCCAUCGACUACGUCCAGGGCAACUCGGCCAGUGCAGCCAUUCAGGAGGCCGUCUUCCAGGCCAUGAGCUCCCAGCAGCAGCAGCAACAACAGCAGCAGACGCAGGCUGUGCUGGAUGGAGGUGCCGGUGCUGGUGCCGAUGCCACGCACCAGAUCCUGCUGCAGACAGGCGAGGGGGAGGGAGAAGAGACGGCCGCCGCGGCGUUCCUGCAGCAGGCGCUGGGCGGCCAGACCCAGAUCCUGCAGACGGCCAACAGUGAGCAGGCUGCCCUGAUGCUGCAGCAGCUCGCUGCCAACGGCGCCCAGGUGGUGUUCCAGCCAGCGUCCGACACCAUCAGCAAUGGCACCACCACCAUGCAGGCCACACUUGAAAGCAAGAAUGGAGAGACCAGCAUUGUCAUGGUCAACCUGGGCCCCGACAUGAUGACAGAGGUCAACGGGUCAACAACCUCAACCAUCUCCAUCCCUGUCAUGACCUCUGAUCACAUGACCCCCACCACAGACAUGACGACCGAGGUUGACGGCACUGCAUCCGCCAUACCAAUCACUGUCACAGAUUCUGAACACAUGACCACCCCCAUAGUCGAGGGAGGGACUCCUGUGAUUGAAACCCACACCAUGGAGACUGCAGAUGCAGUAACCCAUGAAAUUGUGAACUCUGACCCUGCACAGGCCCUCACAAUGGAAGAAGUUAUUGCUGAGAAGGAUGUCCAGCAGGAGGAGGUUGCCAUGGACACAGAGAUGCAAGCCGUUACUCAGCAACUGCACCGAGGAGAGAUAAUCACAGCCGAAGAAGUUGUCGAAGUCUAAGUUUACACUAAGACAAUUUUCGUGGUCCUUCUCAAAUCAGUCUUGUAUGCUCAAUAGCAAUGAGGCCAGUGAAACCAAAUGCAUUCAGUGAGACAUUUUGUUUGUAGCCGUCGUUAUUCGUCUUGCAUGCAGACCAAAUAAUGAGACAUGAUAUUCCGAAACAUUCCAUACUGUUGGCAUUUGCCAAAAGGCAUUAAUUUGUUUUCUCUUUUGUGUUUUUGACGUUAUGACUUUGAAAUGACUUGCUGUUUGAUUUAAUACUGAAUGAAAGGUUUGUGCUAUGACUACAAAUAUCAGUUUGUUUUCAUUCUAUUAUGUUAUAUUAAUAAAAGCCCAGUAUAUUUUCAAGUGUAAAGGAACA